CACGUCGUUGUUGCUUUCUUACUGCUGCUGUCGGGAGCGCGCAGGUUUCUCUUGCGCGUCAUGGACUGAACUGCAGUGUAGUUGGAUACAUUUCUAGUUUGGUGGAGUAACGUUUAAUGAUUCAUAUGUUUCCGUGAACAAAGCUGUGAAACUGCAAGAAAGGAGACAAAAUCAGACGAGCAGCAUGAAUGAGCCCGAGGGACUGCGCUUCCGGAGGUUAAACAAACCUCAGAUCAUCACCGACGAAACCCAUGAACCCCAGCACAAAGCCACAGGCACGUACAGUGGGAAGGUGUUUCGUGUGACAUUACUCACACUCGUGGCUUUCCUGCUCUUGCCACUGCUGGUGGUGGUCUUCAUCUUAGAGUCUCCUAUUCAACCAGAGGCGUUCAGUCUGAAUGAGCCGCCUGUAAUGACGGGCUGUUACGAGCCCAACAUUAAACUGAGACAAGCUGAGCGACUGUUUGAGGACCGGCUUAUCGGCCCAGAAUCCAUUGCUAACAUUGGAGAUGUUUUGUACACCGGCACGGCUGAUGGAAAGAUUGUGAAAAUCGAGGGCAGGAACUUUCAUGUGCUAACAACACUUGGCAAGUCACCAUGCGGUUCUCCUGAACAUGAGCACUCCUGUGGACGUCCCCUAGGAAUCCGUGUGGGACCCAAUGGCACCUUGUUUGUGGCUGAUGCCUAUUUGGGGUUGUUUGAGGUCAAUCCUGUCACAGGUGAUGUGAAGUCUCUGUUGAGCACAGGUAGGAUGAUCGGAGGUCGACGCCUGGGCUUUGUGAAUGACCUGGACAUUACUCAGGAUGGGAAGAAGGUGUACUUCACUGACUCCAGCAGCAGGUGGCAGCGCAGAGACUUCAUGAAGCUGAUCAUGGAAGCCACAGCAGAUGGACGUGUGCUGGAGUAUGAUACAGAGACCAGAGAAGUCACUGUGAUGAUGGAGAACUUGAGGUUUCCCAACGGGAUCCAGCUCUUCCCGGAUGAGGAAUCUGUUCUGGUGGCUGAAACAACCAUGGCAAGAAUAAGGAGAGUCCACGUGUCUGGUCUGAAUAAAGGCGGCAUGGACACAUUCAUAGACAACCUUCCAGGAUUUCCUGACAACAUCAGACGCAGUUCUUCAGGAGGCUACUGGGUGGCCAUGUCUGCUGUUCGACCCAACCCUGGUUUCUCCAUGCUUGACUUUCUGUCUCAGAGACCCUGGAUUAAAAAGCUCAUAUUUAAGCUCUUCAGUCAAGCCACGCUGUUGAAGUUUGUGCCACGCUACAGUCUGGUGGUGGAGCUGCAUGACGGCGGGACGUGCGUGCGGAGCUUCCACGACCCACACGGCAUGGUGGCGGCGUACAUCAGCGAGGCCCACGAACACAACGGCCACCUCUACCUGGGUUCCUUCCGCUCACCUUAUCUGUGCAAGCUGGACCUGAGCAAAGUGUGAAACACGCUCGUGCCAUUCCAACCGAUCCAUCUACUUGAGUCAUACCUCACCCUGACUUCCAAACAAACAGAUUUUGAAGCAAUUGCACUUGAUAUCUUCUUCCAUAUUCUUUUCAACAAAUGAACAAAGACAGUUGCUCCGUUUGAUCUUCAUUCUUUGAUUUAGCUCUUACAGUAGGCUCGAAUUGUUGAUCAUUUCACAUUUUGGGAAGUGUUAUAAGUUUGGUUAUUUUAUAAUCAGAAGAUGUGCCAUUUACUAUUUUUGUUUCCCACUUAUGAGAGAAAGUAUGCCGUUUCUGUACUCGUUUUAUUUGCACACCAUCAUCUUGCCCUUAAAAUAGAGCUGCGAUACAGAAAAUGAGAUUAGAGACUCAUAAUAACUUCUGCGGGUGGCAAAAAAAAGAGAUGUUGUGUUGAGGGAACUUAUGUUUUCUUAUGAAAUUAAUCUACUGCAACUUUAUAUAAAGCUAUAAUGAUAUCUGGGUGAGAAAUGUG